GAUGGAGGAGUAAAGCCCACUGAUGGAAACCCAGAGGAAGAGCUCUGGGGAUGACGGCGGUGGAGAGCGAGGCCUCCUGCACACCUGGAGGGGCUACUCCUACAGCGUCACCCCCGAGAGGCUGCUCCUGCCCCGGCCGGUGCUGCAGGUCGCUCUGGGCUCACGGCACGGCGUCCUGCUGGUGGAAGGAGGACAGGUGUACAGUUUUGGUGAGUUGCCAUGGAAACAGAGUCAGGUGCCCGAGCCGGCCAAACCGACGCUGGAGAGCGCGCUCAGUGGGCAGCGGGUGGUCGUGGUCGCAGCCGGAAGCUUCCACAGCGGGGCGGUGACGGAGGACGGCGGCGUCCACAUGUGGGGCGACAACGGCGCCGGACAGUGCGGCCUGUCGGGCCUCAGCACCGUCCCCAACCCGACUCCAGUGGCCCUGCUGGACUCGGACCGCAGCCCCCCGCAGACGGUGCCGGUGCUGGAGGUCUCCUGCGGCGAGCGGCACACCCUGGCGCUGUCGGUGCAGCGGGAGGUUUGGGCGUGGGGCAGCGGCUGCCAGCUCGGCCUCAGCGCCGCCGUCUUCCCCGUCUGGAAGCCGCAGAAGGUGGAGCACCUGGCGGGCAGGUGUGUGCUGCAGGUGGCCUGCGGGGCGUCGCACAGUCUGGCUCUGGUGCGCUGCCCGGGUCCUCAGGACGUCCAGCGGCCGCCUGUCGAUAAAUGCAAUCAGUGCAAUCAGCUGCUCUACACCAUGACGGACAAAGAGGACCACGUCAUCAUCUCAGACGGACACUACUGCCCGCUGGGCGUGGAGCUGACGGAGGACGAGGGCCGGCUGGAGGCGCCGACACCCACGCCGGGCCUGAAGACCUCCCCAUCGGAGACGGUCCUGCCCUCCUACACCUCCACCUCCUUUGCCAAAAGUGCCGAACCCUCCACCGAGCCCUCCGACUCUCAGGACUCCCAGAAAGAUGGAGCGUCAGUGGCAAACGGAGAGCUGCCGACCUCGGAUCCGGACGCCUCGGCUCGGUCCAACGGUUCUGGCAGCGCUGCUGCUGCGAUCAAGAACUCACCGUAUCCAGACGAACAGGCGGUCAAAGAUUACCUGAAGAAACUGUCGGACAACACGCAGGCAGAAACGAAGACGGCCGGAGGGCUGCACAGUCUGCUGCCCUCGGCGGCAGCACUCGGCUCCUCCGCUCCCACCUCCGCGCUCAACAACCUGGUGGCCUCCUGCGCCUCCGCCGUGGGCGAGCGGGUCGCCUCCACCUACGAGGCUCUGUCGCUAAAAAAGAUGAUGACCUUCUACCUGCCCUCGACGGCGGCGAGGUCGGGGGGCGGCGGCAGCGUGGGCGACAACAGCACUGAGCGGGUCCGCCAGGAGGACUCGGUGCAGGCGAAGAAGAGCUCCAGCACCGGAGACAUCCGCGAGGAGGAAGCUGAAGGUCUGCGGCGUCGCCUCUCGCUGCCAGGACUCCUCUCUCAGGUCUCCCCGCGGCUGCUGAGGAAGGCCGGUCGGCCCCGGAUGCGAGCGGUGGCGCUCAGCCCGCUGGGAGGAUCCGUCCCGGCCGCCCAGGAGGUGCUGCCCUCCCUGCAGACAGAGGUGUGGAGCUGGGGCCACGGGGAGCACGGCCAGCUGGGCCACGGAGACAACGUGGCCAGGCUGCAGCCGCUCUGCAUCAAGAGUCUGAACAACAAGGAGGUUGUUCGCGUGGCGGCCGGCGCUCAUCAUUCCCUCGCUGUGACGGCUCAGUCUCAGGUGUUCUCGUGGGGCAGCAACAGCUCCGGUCAGCUCGGACACAUGGACUCUCCCAGCACCGUCCCCCGACUCGCCAAGCUGUCGGAGGGGAUCCGGGUUUGGGACGUGAGCGCCGGCGAGAGGCACACGCUGCUGCUGGCCGACGGCGACUGCAUCCAGCCCAUCAUCUACUACAGCGGGCAGCAGGUGAAGGAGGACCAGGAGGAGGAGGACCAGGCCAAGGAGGCGAGCCGGCCGGAGGAGGCGGAGGAGGAGCAGGAGAGGACGGGAGGCUACACCCAGCAGCCGGUGCUGCUGCCCUUCUGCAUGAACCUGGGUUACGUGAGCAGUGUGUGUGCGGGCGGCCGGCGCUGCGUGGCGCUGUCGGACCGGAACGUGAUGGGCUUCAUCGCCAGCCUCCAUGAGCUGGCGUCCGCCGAGAGGAAGUUCUACUGCCGGCUGUGUAGCAUCAAGUCUCAGAUCAUCCGCCCCCUGCUGGAGCUGGAGUCUCUGAGCUCCGCCCUCGGGCAGGUGGUGCUCGGCCUCCUGCAGACGCUGGCGGGUCGCUUCAGCCUGCUGUGUCACCUGACCGGGCAGCACGCCGCCAGCCUCACCGCCAACCUGCGCCGCGGCCGAGAGGUCAAGAACCUGCUCAUCCUCGACCUCGCCGGCAUCUUCCUGGACUCUUACAACGAUUACUGCAGCGCCGUCGGACACUUCCAGGUGAUGGGAGGUUUCCAGGCUUUGACCAAACCGUCCCUAGACUUCUUUGGGAAGAGCCCCGAGCUCAUCCAGAAGCUGUCGGAGUGCAGCGAGGAGAACCCCGUCAUGGCCGACCUCCUGGUGGCGCUGUUCUACCUCCCGACCCGCCACCUUCACGAGUACGGCCGGCUGCUGCUCAAACUGGCCACCUGCUUCGAAGUGAGCUCCAGCGACUACCAGAAGCUGCAGGACAGCUGCUCCAAGUUCGAAGCUCUGACCCUGCAGCUGAAGAGAAAAAGGAAAGAGGCGGAUUACACCUUUAACUUCUGGAAGAGCUUCCCCGGCAAGAUGACGGACUCUCUGAGGAAGCCUCACCGCCGGCUGAUCUGCGAGAGCAGCAACAAAGCUCUGACGCUGCAGAACGCCGGACGCUUCUCCGUCAACUGGUUCAUCCUGUUCAACGACGCUCUGGUCCACGCACAGUUCUCCACCCAUCACAUCUUCCCUCUGGCCACGCUGUGGGUGGAGCCCAUGCCGGAGGAGGACACCGGCCUGUUUGGACUGAAGGUGAUCACACCUGAGGAGACGUUCACCCUGCUGGCCUCGUCUGCCACCGAGAAGGCCAAGUGGCUCCGCUCCAUCAACCAGGCGGUGGACCAGGCGCUGAGCGGGUCGGGGCAGGACGUGGCGUCGGCCGGCUCGGGCCAGAAGUUGGAUCCUCCGAUCUCCAGGACGGCGUCGUACACGUUCUAUAAGGACGGGAGGCUGAAGGAGGCGACGUACGACGGCCGCUGGCUCAACGGCAAACCCAACGGCAGAGGAGUGCUGAAGUGGCCUGAUGGGAGAAUUUACACGGGAGCGUUCAAGAACGGCCUGGAGGACGGCUUCGGGGAGUUCGUGGCUCCGAAUAAGACGCUGAGCAAGAACGAUCACUAUCAGGGCCACUGGAAAGACGGAAAGAUGAACGGUUUGGGAACGUACAGGUACGCCAGCGGGGAGGUGUACGACGGAUCCUUCCAGGACGGGAUGCGUCACGGCCACGGGAUGCUGCGCAGCGGCAAACUCAACACGUCGUCGCCGAGCGUCUUCAUCGGCCAGUGGCUGCAGGACAAGAAGACGGGCUACGGGGUCUUCGACGACAUCACCAAAGGAGAGAAGUUCAUGGGCAUGUGGCAGGACCACCAGCGGCAGGGGACCGGCGUCGUCGUCACCCAGUUCGGCCUUUAUUAUGAAGGAGCCUUCAAGGACAACAAGAUGAUGGGCACCGGGAUCCUUCUGUCCGAGGACGACACGACGUACGAGGGCGAAUUCUCCGACGACUGGACCCUGAGUGGAAAGGGCGUGCUGACGAUGGCGAACGGCGACUACCUGGAGGGCUCCUUCAACGGCGAAUGGGGCUCCGGCCUCAAAGUGACGGGCUCCUACUUCAAACCUCACCUGUUUGACACCGACAAGGACAAGACCAGAGCCGUGAGGUUGGGUCGUCUGUGUGUCUGCGCUGAGGACAAGUGGCAGGCGGUGUUCGAGGAGUGCUGGACUCAGCUGGGCUGCGACUCUCCGGGUCGAGGAGACAACCCGAAGGCCUGGGAGAACAUCGCCGUGGCCCUCACCACCAACCUGCGACACAUCCAGGACAGUCCGGAGGUGUUGUCUCGGAGCCACAGCAGAACUCUGGAGAGUCUGGAGGUGAUUCCUCAGCACACGGGACCGAUCACCAUGGAGAGGUACCACAGCAUCCGCCUCUACCUCAUCAAGGCGUGCGACACCCCCCUCCACCCGCUGGGCCGGCUGCUGGAGACCCUGGUGGCCGUCUACCGGAUGACCUACGUGGGCGUCGGGGCGAACCGCCGGCUGCUGCCUCAGGCCGUCAACGAGAUCAAGUCUUACCUCAACCGCAUCUUCCAGAUCGUCAGGUUUCUGUUCCCUGACCUGCCAGAGGAGGGCGGUCUGAUUCCAGAGCCGACCACCACCAGCAGCAGCCUCCAGGACGGGAAGGACGGCGGCUCCUCCGACGCCCCGCUGGAGUCGCCCAAACCCAGCCGCGUGGUGAGCAGCUCGGCGCUGCUGCUUCCCGUCCUGCUGCCGCGGCUUUACCCGCCGCUCUUCACCCUCUACGCUCUGGACAAGGAGCGGGAGGACGACGUGUACUGGGAGUGCGUCCUGCGCCUCAACAAGCAGCCCGACCUCGCCCUGCUCGCCUUCCUGGGCGUCCAGCAGAAGUUUUGGCCCGUUUCCAUCCCGACGUCUUUACCUGCACCUGGAGAGAAGCAGCAGGUCAUGUCCACCACCAAAGACGCCUGCUUCGCCUCUGCAGUGGAAACCCUUCAGCAGAUCAGCACAACGUUCACGCCGUCGGACAAGCUGCAGGUGAUCCAGCUCACCUUCGAGGAGAUCACGCAGGAGGUUCAGGCGCUGCUGAAGCAGGACUUCCUGUGGUCCAUGGACGACCUCUUCCCCGUCUUCCUCUACGUGGUGCUGAGAGCUCGAAUCAGGAACCUCGGUUCUGAGGUCAGUCUGAUCGAAGACCUGAUGGAUCCCUGCGUUCAACACGGAGAACACGGAAUCAUGUUCACCACCCUGAAGGCCUGCUACUACCAGAUCCAGCACGAGAAGAUCACCUAAGGCGACGGUUCCGUCCUCGGCGGAGGAUCUGCUGCUGCCACGGAGACGGGACCACCUCCCCCGCCUCCGCCUCUCCACCAGCCUCUCAUCCACCCAUCACGAAGGAGACGAGCCUCCUCACGCCGUCCGGUGGGAAACGACGAAACCCCGGCCGGCGUUUGUCCUCCUUCACCUCGGAGGGAGGAAGAAGUUUGUUCCGGUGUUUGUUCGGCUCGUUUUGCAGUUGUGGGAUUAAACGGACCUCAAGAUUCAGAACAGCUUUUAGAACAUGAAGCUGUUUGUCACCGACAUGAAGAACCAGACAGGAAGGAUUCUCCGUGAAGCUCCAGCAGCUUCAUGGCGCUCGACAGCCUGAACUGUUGCAGACAGAUGUUUAGAAAACCAACCAGUUCUUCUUCACUCAAGUAUUUCAGCUCGAUAAAGGGCCAGUAACAGUUAUUAGUAAUAAGGAGUCUGAUAUAUGCGGUCAAAUCUUAGUGUCAAAACAGAAACUCUUUUGUUUAUUUAUGUUUCACCCAUUUUUAAUUAACUCUCUGAACCCCAAACUCCACCAGCA